AGGUGGAGCAGUUCAGCGCGUUUCAAUGAGAGAGUAAGGACUCUUGGGGAAACUGCGCACAAUAUUGCUUUAUUUUAACGCCCUGAGGAUUAUUGUCCCAUCUCAGGUUGGGAGGUUAGACGAGGACAUCUGGCUGACCUGCUGAACCGACACACCACCCAUCAUGAUCAGAGCAUUGCUCACGGCCAUUUCUCUUGCGCUCCUCCUGUCCUGUGCUUGCUGGGCCAAGCCUAGAGGAUCAAAGAACAAGAAACCAAAGCAAGUUGUUCCAGCCAUCGAUUGUGAUGUCAGAUCAGGGAAGAUCAAUCUCCCAGAGUUCAUAGCCAAAUGUCCUGCACACUGUAAGGAGACAAAGCAGCAAGUCUAUGGGACAGGCGUGUUCGCCUCCAUCUCCAGCAUCUGCAACGCAGCCAUCCACAGUGGCGUCAUCACCAACACGGGAGGAAAGGUGAUUGUGAGGAAGAUGGCGGGGCAGAACAUCUACAAAGGCAGUAAUUCCAAUGGAGUACGCUCUCUGUCUCUACCUAAGUGGAGGGAGUCGUUCGUUGUCUCAGUGGGGAAGCCCAAGAAAGGAGUGAUCUACCCCUCUACUCUGGACUACAUUCCCUCAAGACCAACCUACGUGAAAACAAGUCAAAAGGAGGCCAAAUCCCCUGCGGCCACCACAGCGCUGCCUACGACAACAGCACCUGAACCCACCACGACUACAACACCUGAGCCCACCACCACCACACUGGCCCCGACCACCACUACAACUACACCUCCACCCACGACCACCAAACCUCGUGCUGCUGUCCAUAAAGUUAGGGAUGCAGGCAGCAGUCACCCAUACCUCGCCUCAAGACAGUCUCAGAGUGAGCACGGAAAGAGGCCCAGCCAAGUAUUCAGAGGAAGUCCCUAUCCCAAUAGAUUCCAACAACGUGCCAGUGCAGGAACAGGACUGCGCCGACCAGAGGCAGGGGCGUCUAUCAGGAGACCAUCCUCUCCAGUUGGCACAGCUUUUAACAGGGUUCAGCCGGCUGCGCCCGAGCGCUCUCCAACCAUGAGCCAGUCAAACCCCGCUUUUCCCAGAAGGGAUUGGGCUCCUCCAGCAUUAACUCGUCCGGAUUGGUUCCCUGGAGCUCGACAAUCGGCAGAUGUUAGUUAUGCAGCUCCAGACUCAGGAUACAAGUGGAGUGAGACGGACACACCUGAAGUUACAGCUCGGGAUCACAGGCCUGAUAUCUCAGAAUACGAGCGCUGGUUUUAUAACUAUGGACCGUACCUGCCGCGCUCCACUGACUCAGAUGGCAACCGUAGAGUGCCAUUGGAUAGAACCCAGACUAGAGUGGAGCCAGUGGACGCUUGGAAGUUGGACACAAAUCCUUAUGGAACAGGCUUCAACGUCAGGGAGCAGGAACCUACAGCCAGAGCACCUGAGCUCGUGUCACAGGGAGACCCAAAUUGCAUGGUAGACCUGGUCUUCCUGAUGGAUGGGAGCUGGAGCAUUGGAAAGAGGCGCUUUAAGAUCCAGAAGGACUUCCUGUCUGAGGUGGCUCAGGUCAUCAACGUGGGUGUGGCCGGACCCAUGAUGGGCGUCAUCCAAUACGGGGAUGACCCUGUGACAGAGAUCAGUCUGAGGUCCUACUCCAACUCCAGGGAGGUGAAGUCAGCCAUAGAAAAGAUCGGGCAGAAGGGAGGCCUCUCCAACGUCGGAAAGGCCCUCUCCUACAUCGACACGCACUACUUCAGCGAUGCCAAUGGAAACCGAGGAGGGGCUCCCAACGUCGCCGUGGUGCUGGUGGACGGCUGGCCCACAGACAAGGUGGAGGAGGCGUCCCGGCUCGCUCGCGAGUCUGGCAUCAACAUAUUCUUCGUCACCAUCGAGGGCGCCGACGACAACGAGAAGCAAAACCUGGUCGAGAUCAACUUUAUUGACAAGGCUGUGUGUCGGACCAACGGCUUCUACUCCAUGCCCGUGACCAGCUGGUUUGCCCUGAGGAAGGCCGUGCAGCCCCUGGUGAAGAGGGUGUGCGACACAGACCGCCUCUUGUGCAGCAAAACCUGCCUCAACGCCAACGACAUCGCCUUCGUCAUCGACGGCUCCAGCAGCGUGGGAACCGGAAACUUCCGCACGGUGCUGCAGUUUGUGGCCAACAUCACGCAGGAGUUUGAGAUCUCUGACACCGACACGAGGGUCGGAGCGGUGCAGUACACCUACGAGCAGAGGCUGGAGUUCGGCUUCGGCCAGUACAACCACAAGGCCGAGCUGCUGAACGCCAUCAAGCGCGUCAGCUACUGGAGCGGCGGGACGAGCACCGGCGCUGCCAUCACCUUCGCCGCGGAGAAGCUCUUCAGCAAAUCCAAACCCAACAAACGCAAGAUCAUGAUUGUCAUCACAGAUGGCCGCUCCUAUGAUGACGUCAGAGUACCUGCACUGGCUGUCCAACGUCAAGGUGUGAUCGCCUACUCCAUCGGCAUUGCCUGGGCAGCCCAGGACGAGCUGGAGUACAUCGCCACGGACCCCGACAAGGAGCACUCCUUCUUCGUGGACGAGUUCGACAACCUCUACAAAUUUGUACCCAAGAUCAUCCACAACAUCUGCCAGGAGUUCAACUCCCAGCCCCGGAACUGAGGCCAGGCGGGCGGAGGGGAGGGGCAUCCUGGUCCGUCUGAACAGAACACUGUUUGUAGACUGACUCACUCUGUGGCCCAGAUGGCGGUGCUGGAUUGGCCUCAGCGCCCCAUAUAUAUGAACAGGGAGCGGUUUUGAAUUUAGUUGACGAUUGUGAGUUUGGACAAAACAAAUUUUAACGUGAAUCCGCAUUCGGCCCCAAAUAUACAGAAAGGGUUUGCAUUCACAGUGAUGUCUCGUCAUCUCGUGUUUACUGUGGUGCCAUGAAGAGAACAGAGAAUUACUAAUCAUUUAGUAAGUCAUCCUUUAUUUAGGGUUUAUAAGUUGUAAAGAAGUUUUUUUUCUUUUUUUCAGUGUUGUGAAAUAUCCCCCGACAGUAGAUGGUAUUAAUCCUUUUCUGACAUUAAGUCUUUUUAGCUGUUUAUUUCCAUUUCUAGAUGACCCUUGACCUCCUGUAAAACAUCUGGACCUAAAUUAAUUUUUAAGCAACUUUUCAUUGUUUACUGAAUGAAUAUUUGAGAACUUGAAUUUGUAACUAUUCCAAUCAUGAAAAAAGAAGCAUGCACCGCGGUGGAGGAGCCGAAGAAAGUUUUGACAACCCAAGAGUAGAAGCCCUCAAACACAACUUACAGAACCUUUACAAAGGAUGCCUUAUGAUGAGGUGGUUCAAAACCAUUAACACACGUAAAGCUGCCUUACUAGGAUAUGGUGCUUGCAAUUGUAGAUUUAAAUCAUGGCUAGCGCUUGCUCUUAUGGCUCAACAUACUUCAUAACAUUAAUAUUAUGGUGCUUUUUAUACAAUUCUCUGUCAAGAGGAAAUACUUUUCUUAGAAUUGGUGAAUAUUAAGGAGAGGAGAGAUUUGAUAGUAGGGACCUUUUUAAAGUUCCUCUCAAUGAUACGGCUGUUGCUAUGAGUGGUAGCUGAAAUGAGGAUUAUGUGAAAGGCGAGUUAACAACACGGAACGAAGAAGUGGACUUGGGUGAGGAGUGAGGAAAGAGCGACAGCCGAUCAUAAAUGUGCUUCUCUGGAAUGAAGCGGUUCAUCUCAUCACUCGUCUUCCCACAGUUGAUUCUAACGUUGCAGGCUUUUCUCCGUUUUGAUGAAAGAGUAUUUAUGAUUUUCUUCCCGUUAUGUCCCGUUUGUACAUAUAAAAAGUCUUCCGCUUCUAAUGUUCGUAAUUGAUCAAUAUUGUUUCGUUUUGCAAUUUAUAAUAAAAUAAAGAACUUGAGUGUUUGAUGAUCCAAA